AGCCGGAAGACGGUCCCUGACGGCAUUGGCGGCGGCCUGUGCGUGGUAGUGUGCUCUGGGCCGCCGGUUUUCCGGCGUCCGCUGGUAGCCGAUGCUGCGGUCCGGGGCCGCCAUCCCCUACUCGGAUUGGCGGCGCUAAGGCGCCGGGGCAGCGCGCGAAAUGUCGUCGGGGCUCCGCGCCGCAGACUUUCCCCGCUGGAAGCGCCACAUUUCGGAGGAGCUGAGGCGGCGGGACCGGCUACAGAGGCAGGCAUUCGAAGAGAUCAUCCUGCAGUAUAACAAGUUGCUAGAAAAGUCAGAUCUUCAUUCAGUGCUGGCCCAUAAGCUACAAGCUGAAAAGCAUGACAUCCCCAACAGGCAUGAGAUAAGUCCUGGACACGAUGCUGCCUGGAAUGAUAGUCAGCUACAAGAGAUGGCCCAGCUGAGGAUUAAACACCAAGAAGAACUGACUGAGCUACACAAGAAACGUGGGGAGUUAGCUCAAUUGGUGAUUGACCUGAAUAACCAAAUGCAGCAGAAGGACAGGGAGAUGCAGAUGAAUGAAGCAAAAAUUGCAGAAUGUUUGCAGACUAUCUCUGACCUGGAGACGGAGUGCCAAGAACUACGCAGUAAGCUUCAGGACCUUGAAAGAGCCAACCAGACCCUGAAGGAUGAGUAUGAUGCCCUACAGAUCACGUUUACUGCCUUGGAGGAGAAACUGAGGAAAACUACUGAAGAGAACCAGGAGCUGGUCACCAGGUGGAUGGCUGAGAAAGCCCAGGAAGCCAAUCGCCUAAAUGCAGAGAAUGAAAAAGAUUCAAGGAGGCGGCAAGCCCGGCUACAGAAAGAGCUUGCAGAAGCAGCAAAGGAACCUCUACCCGUUGAACAGGAUGAUGACAUUGAAGUCAUCGUGGACGAAACCUCUGAUCACACCGAGGAGACAUCUCCCGUGCGUGCCCUCAGCAGAGCAGCCACUAAGCGACUCUCGCAGCCUGCUGGAGGCCUUCUGGAUUCUAUCACUAAUAUCUUUGGUCUGUCCGAGUCUCCCCUUUUGGGACAUCACUCUUCUGAUGCUGCCAGGAGGCGUUCUGUCUCUUCCUUUCCAGUUCCCCAGGAUAAUGUGGAUCCUCAUCCUGGUUCUAGUAAAGAAGUGAGAGUGCCAACAACAGCGAUGUAUGUCUUUGAUGCUCAUGAUGGGGAAGUCAACGCUGUGCAGUUCAGUCCGGGCUCCCGGCUGCUGGCCACAGGAGGCAUGGAUCGGAGAGUUAAGCUUUGGGAAGUGUUUGGAGAUAAAUGUGAGUUCAAGGGCUCCCUCUCUGGCAGUAAUGCGGGAAUUACGAGCAUCGAAUUUGACAGCGCUGGAUCUUACCUUUUAGCAGCUUCAAAUGAUUUUGCAAGUCGAAUCUGGACUGUGGAUGAUUAUCGGUUACGGCACACUCUCACAGGACACAGUGGCAAAGUGCUGUCUGCCAAGUUCCUGCUGGACAACGCGCGUAUUGUUUCCGGAAGUCAUGACCGGACCCUCAAGCUCUGGGAUCUCCGCAGCAAAGUCUGCAUAAAGACGGUGUUUGCAGGAUCCAGCUGCAACGAUAUCGUUUGCACGGAGCAGUGUGUCAUGAGUGGACAUUUUGACAAGAAAAUUCGUUUCUGGGACAUCCGAUCAGAGAGCAUCGUCCGGGAGAUGGAGCUGCUGGGCAAGAUUACCGCCCUGGACUUAAACCCAGAGAGAACAGAGCUUCUCAGCUGCUCUCGUGAUGACCUGCUGAAGAUCAUUGAUCUGCGGAUCAAUGCUGUCAGACAGACAUUUAGCGCGCCUGGGUUCAAAUGCGGCUCUGAUUGGACUAGAGUUGUAUUCAGCCCUGAUGGUGGUUAUGUGGCAGCGGGCUCAGCUGAGGGCUCCCUCUACGUCUGGAGCGUGCUCUCGGGGAAGGUGGAGAAGGUCCUUUCCAAGCAGCACGGCUCGUCCAUCAAUGCGGUAGCAUGGUCCCCUUCUGGCUCCCAUGUCGUCAGUGUGGACAAAGGAAGCAAAGCUGUGCUGUGGUCAGAGUAUUGAUGGCACCUUCGAGAGAGAGAGAAAGGAGCUGAAGUCGGAGAAGCACCCAGACUCCUGCGGCGGCUCUGUCCUGGCAGGUGGUGUGUUGGGUGUAGCUUCGAUCUCCAGAGAGGAGCUGGAGCUGCGUGAUGCGUGGCCUGCC